GGCGAUCUCCCCAUAUACCCCGUGAUAUCCAAAACAACAUAACAGUGGGGGAAACAUGGCGAGCGGAGAGGAGGCAAGAAGACGCCCCUCGGUUACCUCCUCCUCGGUCGGCCUGGAGUCUCUGUUCCCCGCAGGUUCAUCGGAGCGGGUCUGCGGGGACGAGGACCCGGAGCUCGUCCGUCUGCGGGAGCUUCUCCAGGGUUGGCUUUCGCAGUACGAGUCCCUGCUGCUAUGGCUGCAGAGGCUGCUGGUCUGGGAGAGGCCGUUGUACAGCAUCACUGUCGCCUUGACACUCAACACAUUAUUCUGGCUCCUGUCAGCCACCUGCCUGCGGCCUCUGUUCCUGCUGAGUGUGGCCCUGCUGGGAGUGAUGCUGCUGGAGAGGUGGAAGCCCACGUUGCCCAUCAUUACCAUUCAACACGCCGAGGCUCCCCCUGAACAACGUGACACAUUGAGCGGGGAGCAGCGACUCCUCAGUGUUCCUGAGCUCAGCCACCACCUGGCGGAAAGCUACCUGACCUACUGCCUGUACCUGCAGGAGACGCUGCAGUACAAACGGCAGAACCAUGGAAAGUUCUGUCUGAUGAUGUGCAGUGGCUGUUUCGUUCUUGCUGUGGUUGGGCAUUAUGUACCUGGGAUCAUGAUCUCCUAUAUUAUUGUGCUGAGCGUGCUGUUGUGGCCGCUGGUGGUGUACCACGAACUGAUCCAGAGGAUGUACACGGGCCUGGAGCCGAUCCUGAUGAAACUGGACUACAGCAUGAAGGGGGAGACCGAGCACCGCAAACACGACAAGAGAAAGGUGAAAAAGGAAGGGGAGGAGGGCGACGAGCCGAGGGCCGAAACUGAGAGUGAGAGUGAGGAGGAGCUGUCCUGUUUCGCCACGACGGUGGACGCAAAGACCACAGCUCUGGCGAUGGCCAUCACAGACUCUGAGCUGUCGGAUGAAGAGGCAUCGAUCCUGGAGAGUGGAGGGUUCUCUGUGUCCAGGGCCACCACUCCUCAACUCACCGACGUCUCCGAAGGUGAACCUGGGACCAGCGGAGUUUUGCAGAGCGAGGCGGAGGAGACCUACUUGCGGGACCUCCCCGAGUUCCCCUCGGUGGAGGAGUUCCCAUCCAUCGAGCACAACCUGCUCCACUUCCCCCUGCGGGCCCCCGGCCAGGGCGACGCCGCCGCCCCGGCCACGGCUCAAUCCGACAGGGAGCCACUGAGCCCCGCCAGCCUCCUCAUUCAGCACCUGGCGUCCCCGCUCCACUUUGUGAACACGCACUUCAACGGACACGGACAACCACCCGGGAGCAAGGAGGGCGGGCUGCCCGUGCCGUGUGCAGAGGGGGACGCGGGAGCGCAGGAGGGGGAGGAGACCGCGGUAACCGAGGGAGCACAACAGUCCUUGGAGGCCCUGAGCGAGGAGAUCGUGAGCACAGCCAUCUCCACUGUGGUGCGGAACACUCUGUCGGCGCUGCUGCGCUCCAGCGAGGACCCCUCCAUGGCCGAGUUCCUUCCCGCCGAAGCCCCAGCGGGCGCUCUGGAGACCUCCACCGCGCAAGGAGCGCGGGGAACAGACGAGGACCCGGAUGAUGAGGUGGUCACGACAGGAAGCGGCACCGGCGAGGACCUGCCCGACGACACGCUGGUUCCCACCGAGGAAGAAGACUUUGAGCUGCUGGACCAGAGUGAACUGGAUCAGUUUGAUGAGGGGAUGGACACUGAGAGGCAGGCGGUGGGAGCAACCUCAGGAGCCCCAGAGAAACCUCUGUCUCCUCAGCAUCAACCACAGUCAUAGCUUCCCACCCGCCCUCCUUUGCCUCCCUCCCGGUCCCAAGCGUUUUUAUUUGUACGUUAGCACUACAUUAUGUCCACCCUUCUAAAUAUAUAUAUAUAUAUAUAUAUAUAUAUAUAUAACAUUUAUCAGAGUUUGGCCUUUAACGCAGUUGGUUGCUGAUUAGGCGGCAUAUGGUUGAAAGUACGUUGGGUGUUCUGUUUAAAUCAGCCCUUAUUUACAGGGCACACAGUCCGUUCAGCCUCAGUACCACUUGUUGAGUUUUAUUGUGACCGGCCUCCUCGUCUCCAGUUCAAUGAGAGCAGGUUUUCGGGCAAAGCUGGCCCAGGUUAACGGUUACAAAGGGUUAGCAAAGCAUCUUAUAUAUUGAUUUUGCUUGAUCAUCUAACAUUGAUAUUUGCUUGAUAAAUCCACAGCCACAUUUCUUGCGGUGCAGUGAAACCCGGUCCGUUUAUUUUCCAACUUGGCUCAGAGCUUCCAGAACACUUCCACCGUGUGUUUCUUCAGAUGUUUGUGUAGAUGGUGUUAUGAAGAGUUUAAAUGUGGGAUAAUAUAACUUAAUAUAUGCUGUAAAUUAUUUAAUUUAAAUGUCAUUUGAUGAAACUUUACUCUUAAAUUGAGGGAUAGUUUAAAAGCUCCAUUGAAUCCCCUUAGUUGCCCGUGAUGAUUGUAUGACCAUUAUGACACCGUGAACGUCCGGGUUUAAAAUGUAGUUUGCGUAUUUCUUGAGUUCCACUUAGUCAAACAAUAGCCUUUUCCUUCACUUUGUCCUCAGUCUCAAGUUAGUUUUAACAAAGUCCGUCGUGGUUUUUCACUUGUUGCCUGGCAAUGGAAACUAAAUCUUUGACGUUGUUGGAUGUCGACAGGUAGGAUAUCUUUACCCGUACGCAAACGUGACUGAUGUAGCAACAAAACAAAAAAUCUUCCUGAAUUUUCUGUGAUUGAUGCUUCCUGGUUAUUCAUAUUUGCAGAUUUCAUCCAUAUCAUACACCCAUAUGUAAUGGAGUAUAUUGUUUAUCUACAACCGCGUUGAAAGACACAAGCACCUCUUGUAUGAUUGGCCCGUCUAUACCUUUUGGUUGCUUGUAUAGUCAUCACUGGUGUAUGUAUAUUUAACAAAUAACAACCUUUGUGCCACGACAAGUGUAUGCAUGGAUCACAUGAUCAAUUUGCAAGAGUGUUACGGAUUUUGUUUUGAUUUUUGGAAGAACCUAAUUCUUUACUAACAUGUUGUAUCUGCUGGGAAACAUUUGACCUGUCAAAAAGGAAAUCUAGCACCAGGCUUGAUGGUACAAAGAGGCUGAUUUUUGCCUUUUGUGAACCACUCGGCAUCCGAAUCUCAGGGGUGGGUUGUACACAUUGAAUAUAACGUUACAGAACGUCUCCAUUUCCCAACUUGUCGUAGUGCACUGCGUUCGUACAAACCUUUCCUUUUUUCAGUCCACGCCUCCUCGUGUAUAGUGUAGAAAUGCAAAAAAAAAAGUGUAUUCUGCAUGUAAAAACAGCACUCUAUUCAAGUUCUCCUUGUCUAUCUGACAAAGUACUGCACAAUUUGUGAGAAAAGAAAGAUAAUCUAUUUGAAUGUUUCAGGUUAAACCAGCCCAUUGAAUUCAGUUUGUUAAAUAUUUAAUUACCAAUAAGGGGAAGAAAAGUUUUGAAGUCUUUAUUUUCAAGACUGCCCAACUGUAAAUGCAAGUGGGUGGAUAAUAACAUCUGAUUUAGAGAGAUAUUAACAGAUUAGUUUGUGUACAGUACCAGUGUGUUUUAUGCUACAAGUAUCGCUUAUUCAACUGUAAAAAAAUGCACUUCCUGAACUGUACAAUUUUAAAAGGAAUAUAUUUUCUAAUUUCUCCUUUUUCCAUAAAGUACUCAGUUUGAUCUUUUACAUCUAAAACCAUAACUGCUUAUGGAAGAGUUUUACAAAGCGAAAAAGAUUUAUUGUCAUUAAAGUUUGACACAUCUGAAAGUGAGAGAAUAAAAGAACAAACUGAAACAAA